GGGAAAGAGUAGGUCGACCCGGAGGAUGAAGAGGUGGCCUACUUCUGUGUUGGUGUAAGCAGAGCUAUUUCGUGUCGCGAUAAUUGAUAAUGACACCACCGUUCAUGCCCCCCUCCUGCCCUUGAAAGUAGCUCGGGGCUCGGCUUUGCCAGGGGAUCGGCGACAUGGAUGACGCGCGAGGCUGAGAGAGACAAGGGCGGGCGGGCGAGCGGGCGGAAGGGCGUAGAGCCAGAGGGAAGAGGGAGAGCGGGGGCCGAGGCGCCAUCCGAGUGCAGAGGGGCACAAUGCCCAUACACCGUAUUCCGGACGCCGUCCCUGCCGCCCCCCUGCUGCCCUGCCCGUGCAUGACAUCACCAUCUCUCUCACCCAUCUCUUCACCCAAAUCAUCAGCGGAGAGCGGAUCCUUGUCCUCCGCUUUCACUCUUCACAUCUUUCCCAUCACCCGCAGGCCUCGCCGGUGCCAUCCACCCCUCCGCACCACUCCGCACUACACUACGUUGGCCGCAUGGCCGACGCGGGUUCGGCGCAGCUUUGGAGGCACCCCGGCACCCCGGCACCCCGCACGGGAACCGGGGGCCGGAGGGGCGCACUGGCAAGUACCAGUUGUUUUUGGAACGAGCGCUCAAAGUUUUUGGGUGAGAUUGGGACGAAUAGCCAAUCUACCCAGACUUGAGGCACGCGGCGUGGAUGGAAAGUUGGUGGGAGCGUGGAAGAUGGAAGGUGGAAGAUGGUGCGGCAGUGGACGUGGGGUGCGGCAAUGGUUCCAACGUGUGGGGAAUAGGCACAGAUUUAGACGCAGGUGGUCGAGGUACCAACUAGGUCCGAGCACGAGCACUGGUGCACUGAUGUGGAGAUGGAAAGGGGAUGAGGUAGUGACUGAUGGAAGCGGUGUCGACGAGGAGGUGGAUAUAUAUAUAGGAGAGGGAGAGUGGAUGAAUGCAGAGAGCAAAACUGGUGUUGACGUAGGCCGUUGGCUGGGAAGGUGGGAGCCGUCUGGUGUGUUGUGUGAGAGUGCAAAGUGGAUGAAUGCGUAGGUGGCUGGUCGCUCUAGUGCAAUAGAUGUGUGAGUCGAGUGAGGACGGCGGCUGUUGCGUGCUGCUGGCUGCUAUCUGCUAGUUUGGUAGCUGCCAGCUGCCAGAUGCCAGAUGAUUUUGCUUGGCACGGCUGAAUUUGUAGAAAGUCGAAAGGUGUUGUGGGGUGAAACAAUGAUUCAAUGAAGACUGGGGGGAAC